CUGACUUGACUGACUGCCUUAGUGUGUGUCGCGCGCUCGGACUCCGCCGCCAGUGUCCCGCUAUUUGUCCCAUUCACGAUCGCGGACGAGCGGCCAGAGGCAGAGCGCGCGCACCUACAUCAUCUCGUGUCGUCGUCGUCUUCUGUAUUGCACUGACUCGUGCCCAGAGCGCGAGAAGCCGUUAUAGACGUUGAACCCGCGGGAUACGGCGGAGGAGCAUCCGAUCGCCUCUCGGGGAAAGUCCAUGAUACGGCCAAGUUGACGACGGACAUCGGCGCCGUGAUUCCGGGUGCGAGGCGCGCGCGACGCUCGCGCACCGCGUAAAACGCCCCCCCCGUUAUUCUUUAAAUUAAUUUUAUAACCGGACGACGCCCGCGAGGCCAACCGAACAUAAAGUGUCCGUCAUCGGGGAGAGAUGCGCUGAAGGCGGCUGGACCCUCGCGUGCGGAUCGACGGCGAGCAGCGCGCGCUGGAUGGUCUGAAGGGCGGGUCCACAGAAGACGAACGCGGCCGACAGGAUGAAGGAGGAAAACCUGUUCCGCCGGAGGUUUUCCCUGUGCCCGACGACGAGCACCCCGCACAAGCUCGACCCCCUCGCUCGCAACCUGUCAUACGCAGGCGACCAGGACAUGUAUCCCCUCAGCCCAGGCGGAGACAUGGAGAGGAACGGACUGCCCGUGCUGAGGGACGAAGUGAGCCCCGCUCAGUCUCCAACCAGCAAGGAGUCACGGGUCGCGAAUGGCCAAGAGAAGGAAUGCGGCUCGCCCACGGAGAAGCUCGCCCGGAAGGAGUCCCUCAAAGUCCAGAAGAAGAAUUAUCGCCAGGAGAAGAAAAGGGCGGCCCAAGAGCUGUUCAGCGCUCUGAAGGACCCCAGCGUGGUCAUUAUGUCCAGUUGGCUGAAGAUCCGCGGAACGCUGAAGAGCUGGACCAAGCUGUGGUGUGUGCUGAAGCCCGGUGUGCUCCUCAUCUACAAGACGCCCAAGGUGGACCACUGGGUCGGGACCGUCCUGCUGAGCGCCUGCAAGCUCAUUGAGAGGCCAUCCAAGAAGGACGGCUUCUGCUUCAAGCUCUACCACCCGCUGGACAAGUCCAUCUGGGCCAUGAAGGGUCCCAAGGGGGAGAACGUGGGCUCCAUCACUCAGCCGCUGCCCAGCAGCUACCUGAUCUUCAGAGCCACGUCUGAGUCCGACGGCCGCUGCUGGAUGGACGCUCUGGAACUGGCCCUCAGCUGCUCCAGCCUGUACAGGAUCACGGCCAAAACGGGUCGCGACGGCGACCUCAGCGCCUCCUCCGACUCCUCCCACUUCUUGCAGCUCCUGCAGUCCUCCCCGCUGAGCGAGCAUGAGCUCUUCGAGUUGAACGAGUCCCACAGCCACAUGGAGAACGACGCCUAUUCGGACAAAUCGGAACGGGAAACUCACGAGGAAUCGGACGCGGGCGCCAACGAGAAUGGGGGGCGGCUGACGGAAGAGAGCGACAUGGACCAGUCGGACGACCUGUCCCUUUCCCUGUCCCCGGGCCUGCAGGCCACCGCCUACGUUGAGCAGGGGCAGGAGGAGAUGGGAGAGGCGGGCGAAUCCUCCCAGGUGGAGACAGUCUCGGAGGAGAACAAGGGCCUCAUCUGGACCCUGCUGAAGCAGCUGCGUCCGGGUAUGGAUCUGUCCAAGGUGGUGCUGCCCACGUUCAUCCUGGAGCCGCGGUCCUUCCUGGAUAAGCUGUCCGAUUACUACUACCACGCGGACCUUCUCUCGCAGGCGGUGAGCGAGGAGAGCGCCUACUGCCGGAUGAAGCAGGUCUUGCGAUGGUACCUCUCGGGUUUCUACAAAAAGCCCAAGGGCCUGAAGAAGCCGUACAAUCCCAUCCUGGGGGAGACGUUUCGUUGCUGCUGGCUCCACCCCCAGACGGACAGCUGCACCUUUUAUAUAGCGGAACAGGUGUCCCACCACCCACCUAUCUCGGCCUUCUACGUGUGCAACAAGAAGGAUGGGUUCUGCAUCAACGGCAGCAUCCUGGCCAAAUCCAAGUUCUACGGAAACUCUCUAUCUGCCAUUUUGGACGGGAAGGCCAGGCUGCUCCUGCUGGCGCGUGGCGAGGAGUACGUCAUCACGAUGCCCUACGCCCACUGUAAAGGGAUUUUAUACGGCACCAUGACCCUGGAACUUGGAGGGAAAGUCACCAUUGAGUGUGAGAAAACAAAGUUUGUAGCAGAACUGGAAUUCAAACUGAAGCCUUUCCUUGGCAGCUCCUGCAGCGUCAACCAGAUUUCAGGAAAGAUACGUCUGGGAGAUGAAGUUCUUGCCACCGUGGAAGGACACUGGGAUUCUGAGGUGUUCCUCCACAAGAAGAAGACCGGCCACCAGGAGACGCUGUGGAACCCCACCUCCGCAGUGCGACUGUGCAGACUGAAACGGCAGGUGGUCCAACUGGAGCAGCAAGGGGAGUUUGAGUCUGAGAGGCUGUGGAGACACGUGACCAGCGCCAUCUUGGCUCGUGAUCAGGAAAGAGCCACGCAGGAGAAGUUUGUCCUGGAGGAGGCGCAGCGGCAGGAAGCCCGAGAGCGGGGCAGCAAACUUUGGACUCCUCGGCUCUUCGGCCUGGAUCCCGUGUCCAAUGAGUGGCGCUACAAAUACACAGAUGCCAAACCCUGGGACCCGAGCAGGUGCCUGGUCCAGUUUGAGAAGGAUGGGAUUAUUCAGACAAAGGAGCGACCAGAGCGCCGGCACAGCGAGCUGUCCUACAGCCAGAAGUGGGCAGUUCAGCAGAAGGCCAAGGUUCAGGGCAAACACAGGAAGUCCAGUAGCCAGCCGUCCAGCUGCAGUCAGAACACGGAGAGCAGCAGCUCCACACCAGAACCCACGCAGGAGUCCUCGGACAAUGAAGGGUUCGCGACCCAGUGUGCGAGGUGCGCCAGGGAUGCCAAGGAUUUGGCCGAGAUCGAGGCCUCCAUCGCGUCCAUCGAGAGGACGCAGCGGGACAUACAGAGGCACCUGCGUGCUCUCGGUCAGCACCUGCAGCAGCAGCGAGGCUCGGAGGGGAACGCGGUACUCAGCGGGCGCCACCUCUUUGUCCUCUGCAUCCUGCUGCUGCUCCAGCUCCUCAUCAACUUUGUGUCCACGUGAGCGCAGGAGCGCGGCGCCAGGGUGGACGUCACGGCACCGAGCACUUUUGGGGGGGG